ACUCUCUCCCUACACUAAACCCAGAAGCCUAGCACAACCAGAAAAGAUUCUCUCUCCUCCUGCUCCUGCUCUGUUCAACCAGAGCACCGCCAUGGCUCGCCGCCACCUCACUCUCAUUCUGGUCCUCCUCUCCGUCCUCGCUUCACAUUCAGAUGCGGGCUCAGUCGGAGUGAACUACGGCCGAGUCGCCGACAACCUUCCGUCUGCCUACAAGGUUGCGGCUCUGAUCAAGUCACAGGGCUUGGAGCGGGUCAAGGUCUUCGACUCCGACCCGGCAGUCCUCCGGGCCCUAUCCGGAUCCGGGAUCAAAGUCACCGUAGAUCUACCCAACGAGCUUCUCUCCUCGGCGGCCAAGACCCAGAUGUUCGCCACCAACUGGGUCCAGCGCAACGUCGUCGCUUACCACCCCAACACCCAAAUCGAAGCCAUUGCCGUCGGCAACGAGGUCUUCGUCGACACCCACAACACCACCAAGUACCUCAUCGCCGCCAUGAAGAACAUCCACACCGCCCUCGUCAAGUUCAACCUCGCCUCCGACAUCAAAGUCUCCUCCCCCAUUGCCCUCAGCGCCCUCCAGAACUCGUACCCCUCCUCCGCCGGGUCAUUCCGACCCGAACUCAUCCAACCCGUUUUCAAGCCCAUGCUCGACUUCCUCCGCCAAACCGGGUCCUACCUCAUGGUGAACGCUUACCCUUACUUCGCCUACGAGUCCAACGCUGACGUCAUCUCCCUCGACUACGCUCUCUUCCGCGAGAACCCCGGCGUGGUCGACGCCGGCAGCGGCCUCCGUUACUUCAGCCUCUUCGACGCGCAAAUCGACGCCGUGUUCGCCGCCAUGUCCGCGCUGAAAUACAACGACAUUGAGAUGGUCGUUUCCGAAACCGGCUGGCCUUCCAAGGGAGACGAGAACGAAAUCGGUGCCAGCAUCGAGAACGCAGCUGCCUACAACGGGAACCUCGUCCGUCGGAUCCUAACCGGCGGUGGGACCCCAUUGCGCCCCAAAGCAGAUCUGACCGUCUAUCUCUUCGCUCUCUUCAACGAGGACAGGAAGUUCGGCCCCACAUCGGAAAGAAACUACGGCCUGUUCUUCCCCAACGAGAAGAAAGUCUACGACAUCCCGUUCACCGUGGAGGGUCUCAAAAACUACCACGACCACAAGUCCCCAGUUUCCGGCAACCAUCACGAGACUGCUCCGGUGACAGCGCCGGUUACAGGGAGCGGCGACGUGUCCAAGACGCUUACCGGGAACACGUGGUGCGUGGCGAAUGGUGAGGCCGGGGAGGAGAAGCUACAAGCGGCUCUAGAUUACGCUUGCGGUGAGGGAGGGGCUGACUGCCAUCAGAUCCAGCCAGGCUCCACGUGUUACGAUCCUAACACACUGGAGGCCCACGCCUCGUAUGCGUUCAACAGCUACUACCAGAAAAAGGCGCGCGGAGCCGGCACUUGUUAUUUUGGCGGGGCGGCCUACGUAGUCUCGCAGCUACCUAAGUAUGGGAAAUGUGAGCUGCCCAUGAGCUGAAGGAAGAAGGAAGAGAGAAGAAGACCCUGGUUAAUUAGCUGUGCUAAAUUUGCUAAUUGUAGUAGUGGGUUUAUUGUUUCAAAUUCUUUUUUCUAUGGCUCUUGGUACUUUUAUGUUGUAGACCUUUCUUAACUUUAACUAUGAUGUUCAUAUUUAUAUAAUACAUUUCAGUUUCCU